AUGGGUAACAAAGGUGCCAAAAAAUCUCGUACAUCAACCGAAUUAACACCAAAAGAAAUUAACAUGUUAAAAGCAAAUACAAAAUUCUCUGAAAAAGAAAUUCGUGAAUGGCAUGCUGGAUUUUUACGUGAUUGUCCAUCUGGUAAAUUAGAUAAAAAGAAAUUUGUAGAAGUGUACAGACAAUUUUAUCCACAAGGAAAAGCCGAUUCAUUUUGUAAAUAUGCAUUUAAUACAUUCGAUCAAAAUAAUGAUGGCUCAAUCGAUUUUGAUGAAUUUUUAUUGGCUAUUGCUGCUACAAGUCAAGGUGAUCUUAAUGAUCGUCUCGAAGUUGCAUUUGAAAUGUACGAUGUAAGUGGUGAUGGUCAAAUUGAUUCAAAAGAAUUAGCCAAUUUGAUAGCAGCAAUGUAUGAUUUGGUUGGAGAAACUGAUCGUAAAGGUGAUCGAGAUCCGAAAAAACGUGCAAAUGAAAUUAUUACUAAAUUAGAUGUUACGGGAGAUAAAAAAUUAUCGAAACAAGAGUUUAUUGCUGGUUGCAGAAAUGAUCCCGUUAUUCGACACAUGUUAGCACCAAAUGUUUAA